UCUACACAAUAUAUAUCUUAGCUAAUUAAAAAACACAUAAUACUAGAGAAAUUUAGUGAAAUAGUUGUAAACUACACAAUUUACUCCAAAUUUUCUGUUUUUUCGUUGUUGCACCGAGCAUAUAUAUAUAAUGGCGCUGCUUAAGGAGAAGUCGUUGGAGUUCACGGCGACAUGGGCGGUGGCCGUCGUUUGCUUUGUGUUGGUUGCGAUCUCCCUCGUCAUCGAACAACUCAUUCAUCGUACUGAAAUGUGGUUAAAGAGAAAGAGAAAGUUACCUUUAUAUGAAGCUCUAGAGAAGAUUAAAGCAGAGCUUAUGCUACUCGGGUUCAUAUCGUUACUGCUGACAGUGACACAAGAGAGUCUUUCUGAUAUUUGUGUCCCGAAAAAUGUUGCGCGUUCUUGGCAUCCGUGUAAGAACACAUACAAUCAAAGCAAAUAUUACGAUCCAUGUUUGGCAAAGGGCGAGGUACAACUUGUUUCAGCAUACGGGAUACACCAGCUCCAUAUCUUCAUUUUUGUAUUGGCACUUGCUCACGUAAUCUACUGUGUUGUCACUUACGCCUUAGGGAAAUUAAAGAUGAGGCAGUGGAAAGCUUGGGAGGAUGAAACAAAGACGGUUGAGUACCAAUACCAUAAUGAUCCAGAGAGAUUCAGAUUUGCGAGGGAGACUUCGUUUGGACAAAGACAUUUGCAUUUCUGGAGCCACUCCACUUUUCUUCUCUGGAUUGUGUGUUUCUUCAGGCAGUUCUUCCCAUCAGUUGCAAAAGUGGACUACUUAACACUUAGACAUGGCUUUGUAACAGAACAUCUACCACCGCAAAUCCAGGAAUCAUUCGAUUUCCAGAAAUACAUAAACAGAGCACUUGAAGAAGAUUUCAAAGUCAUUGUGGGAAUAAGCCCUGCAUUAUGGUUCUGUGCUGUCCUGUUACUCCUCACCAACACCAAUGGGUGGUACUCUCACUUUUGGCUACCAUUUAUCCCUCUAAUUAUAAUACUCUUAGUAGGAGCAAAACUACAAGUGAUCAUCACAAAAAUGGGAACAAGGAUUCUUGAGAGAGGAGAUGUGGUGAAGGGCAGUCCUUUAGUUCAUCCCAGCGACGAUCUUUUCUGGUUUCGUCGCCCUCAAUUCCUCCUCUCCCUCAUCCACUUUGUUCUUUUUGAGAAUGCAUUUCAGAUUGCUCUCUUUGCUUGGAGUUGGCUUAAAUUUGGAUAUCCAUCUUGCUACCAUGAAAAUCUUCAGGAUUUGCUCAUACGAAUCGUGAUGGGUGUUGUGAUACAGGUUCUGUGCAGCUAUGUCACGCUUCCUCUCUACGCCUUAGUUACUCAGAUGGGAUCAAACAUGAAGCCAGUCAUUUUCGGGGAUGACGUGGCAUCGGGGCUGCGCAGCUGGCAGGAGGCGGCCAAGAAACAGGCAAAAGAAGGGCGGCCUUCAGUCAGCGUCACCCCAUUGUCCAGUUGGCCCACCUCUCCGUUGCGCGGUGGCACGUCGCCUGCCUAUCUGCGGAAUGGCCGCAGAAAGUCGACUGAGGAGUCGGGUGGUGGCAGGGAGAGGGCGUAUGCCUCUCCCAACCACCACGGUUAUCGUGACAAAAAAGAUCGACGAUCAGAAACUUCAGUUAUUGAGAUAGACACGGAUAUUGGAAAUCCUUCCUCACAAGAAGUUGGCUUUAUUUCUAGUGAUUUCUCCUUUGUGAAAAAUGAUUCUUCCAAAUCUCCCAAGUAGAGUAAUCAUGCAUAUUUUUUUUCUAUCUUUUGUUAGUUUAAUUUGUUGAAAAUAAAUUACCAUUUUUUUUCAACAUAUACUGUAUUAAUGUAAAACUCCAUCGUUUUUUUAGUGUAAUCUAUGAUACUCCCAACAACAUUAAUCA